UGGGCUAAACUCUUGCGGUAGAUUCUUGCCGAUCGUGCAAAGUGAAUCUGAAACAUUUGCUGCUGACGUAUAAAUUGGUCGAGAUAGUUUCAUUCAGGCACAGUUCGAUCGCUUGUUUCAGUAAGCAAACAGCACCUCCUAUCUGAAAAUGGCAUUCAAGUUCGUGACCUUCCUCGCCCUGGUGGCCGUUGCCCGCGCCGGAGUCAUCUCCAGCCCGGCUCUGUCGUACGCCGCUGCUCCGUCUUAUGCGUACGCCGCUGCCCCAGCCCUGUCCUACGCCGCUCCAGUGGCCAAGACCGUGUCUUAUGCUGCCCCCGCCCAGUACGCCUAUGCUGCCCCAGUGGCCAAGACCAUUGUUGCUGCCCCGGCCCUGACCAAGACCGUUGUCGCCGAUGAGUACGACCCGAACCCUCAGUACUCUUUCUCGUACGGAAUCUCCGACAAACUGACCGGAGACCAGAAGGAACAGCACGAGACCCGCAAUGGAGAUGUCGUCGAGGGAUCUUACUCGCUGGUUGAAGCCGACGGAACCCGCCGCAUUGUUGAUUACACCGCUGAUCCCAUCCACGGAUUCAACGCCGUCGUCCGCAAGGAAGGACUCGCCGCCCCAGUCAUCGCCGCCAAGACCGUGAUCGCUCAGCCCGCCAUUGCCAAGGCCGUCUAUGCCCAGCCCGCCUACACUUCCUACGCCGCCCCAGCUGUGACCAAGACCAUCGUCCAGCAGCCAGCCUAUGCCACCUAUGCCGCCCCAGUGGCCAAGGCCGUCUAUGCUCAGCCAGCUUACACCUCGUACGCCGCCCCUCUGGCCACCAAGACCAUCGUGUCCCAGCCAGCUUACGCUUCGUACGCCGCCCCAGCUCUGUACCAUUCAAACAGCACCUCCUAUCUGAAAAUGGCAUUCAAGUUUGUGACCUUCCUCGCCCUGGUGGCCGUUGCCCGCGCCGGAGUCAUCUCCAGCCCAGCUCUGUCCUACGCUGCUGCUCCGGCUCUGUCCUACGCCGCUCCAGUGGCCAAGACCGUGUCUUAUGCUGCCCCCGCCCAGUACGCCUAUGCUGCCCCAGUGGCCAAGACCAUUGUUGCUGCCCCGGCUCUGACCAAGACCGUUGUCGCCGAUGAGUACGACCCGAACCCUCAGUACUCUUUCUCGUACGGAAUCUCCGACAAACUGACCGGAGACCAGAAGGAACAGCACGAGACCCGCAACGGAGAUGUUGUCCAGGGAUCUUACUCGCUGGUUGAAGCUGACGGAACUCGUCGCAUCGUCGAUUACACCGCUGACCCACACAACGGAUUCAACGCCGUCGUCCGCAAGGAAGCUCUGGCUGCCCCAGUCAUCGCCGCCAAGACCGUGAUCGCUCAGCCCGCCAUUGCCAAGGCCGUCUAUGCCCAGCCCGCCUACACUUCCUACGCCGCCCCAGCUGUGACCAAGACCAUCGUCCAGCAGCCAGCUUAUGCCACCUAUGCCGCCCCAGUGGCCAAGGCCGUCUAUGCUCAGCCAGCUUACACCUCGUACUCGGCUCCUCUGGCCACCAAGACCAUCGUGUCCCAGCCAGCUUACGCUUCGUACGCCGCCCCAGCUCUGUACCAUUUUGUGACCUUCCUCGCCCUUGUUGCCGUUGCCCAAGCCGGAGUUAUCUCCAGCCCAGCUUUGACCACCUACGCCGCUGCUCCGGCACCACUGGCCUAUGCCACUCCCUUGGCCAAUACCAUUGUGGCUGCCCCAGUGGCCAAGACUAUCGUUGCCGCUCCGGCUCUGGCCAAGACCGUUGUCGCCGAUGAGUAUGACCCCAACCCAGAGUAUUCGUACUCGUACGGAAUCUCCGACCACCUGACCGGCGACCAGAAGGAACAGCAUGAAUCUCGCCACGGAGAUGUCGUCGAGGGAUCUUACUCGCUGGUUGAAGCCGACGGAACCCGCCGCAUCGUUGAUUACACUGCCGAUCCCAUUCACGGAUUCAACGCCGUCGUCCGCAAGGAAGGUCUCACUGCCCCAGUCGUUGCCGCCAAGACUGUCGUCGCUGCUCCAGUGACCAAGACCGUGAUUGCUCAGCCAGCUUUGGCCAAGACUGUCAUUGCCCAACCUGCCAUCGCCACGUACUCGGCUCCUCUGGCCACCAAGACCAUCGUGUCCCAGCCGGCCAUUGCCUCGUACGCCGCUCCAGCCCUCUGGGGCGGCGUAGGAAGUGUAGGCGGGCUGGGCAUAGACGGCCUUGGCAAUGGCGGGCUGAGCGAUCACGGUCUUGGCGGCGAUGACUGGGGCAGCCAGAGCUUCCUUGCGGACGACGGCGUUGAAUCCGUUGUGUGGGUCAGCGGUGUAAUCGACGAUGCGACGAGUUCCGUCAGCUUCAACCAGCGAGUAAGAUCCCUCGACGACAUCUCCGUUGCGGGUCUCGUGCUGUUCCUUCUGGUCUCCGGUCAGUUUGUCGGAGAUUCCGUACGAGAAAGAGUACUGAGGGUUCGGGUCGUACUCAUCGGCGACAACGGUCUUGGUCAGGGCCGGGGCAGCAACAAUGGUCUUGGCCACUGGGGCAGCAUAGGCAUACUGGGCGGGGGCAGCAUAGGACACGGUCUUGGCCACUGGAGCGGCGUAGGACAGAGCAGGGGCAGCGGCGUACGACAGAGCCGGGCUGGAGAUGACUCCUGCUUGGGCAACGGCCACCAGGGCGAGGAAGCCAACAACUGGAACAAAAUGGCAUUCAAGUUUGUGACCUUCCUCGCCCUGGUGGCCGUUGCCCGCGCCGGAGUCAUCUCCAGCCCGGCUCUGUCGUACGCCGCUGCUCCGUCUUAUGCGUACGCCGCUGCCCCAGCCCUGUCCUACGCCGCUCCAGUGGCCAAGACCGUGUCUUAUGCUGCCCCCGCCCAGUACGCCUAUGCUGCCCCAGUGGCCAAGACCAUUGUUGCUGCCCCGGCUCUGACCAAGACCGUUGUCGCCGAUGAGUACGACCCGAACCCUCAGUACUCUUUCUCGUACGGAAUCUCCGACAAACUGACCGGAGACCAGAAGGAACAGCACGAGACCCGCAACGGAGAUGUCGUCCAGGGAUCUUACUCGCUGGUUGAAGCCGACGGAACCCGCCGCAUCGUUGAUUACACUGCUGACCCACAUAACGGAUUCAACGCCGUCGUCCGCAAGGAAGGACUUGCUGCCCCAGUCAUCGCCGCCAAGACCGUGAUCGCUCAGCCCGCCAUUGCCAAGGCCGUCUAUGCCCAGCCCGCCUACACUUCCUACGCCGCCCCAGCUGUGACCAAGACCAUCGUCCAGCAGCCAGCUUAUGCCACCUAUGCCGCCCCAGUGGCCAAGGCCGUCUAUGCUCAGCCAGCUUACACCUCGUACGCCGCCCCUCUGGCCACCAAGACCAUCGUGUCCCAGCCAGCUUACGCUUCGUACGCCGCCCCAGCACUUUACCAUCAAAACAUCCCCAAAAUGGCAUUCAAGUUCCUGACCUUCUGCGCCCUGGUGGCCGUUGCCCGUGCCGGAGUCAUCUCCGCUCCGUUGGGUUACGCCGCAGCUCCGGCUCAUGUGGCUUACGCCGCCCCAGCCCAGCUGGCCUACGCCGCCCCGGUGGCCAAGACCAUUGUGGCCAAGCACGUCGUUGCCGACGAGUACGACCCGAACCCUCAGUACUCGUUCUCGUACGGAAUCUCCGACGCGCUGACCGGUGACCAGAAGUCCCAGCAGGAGUCUCGCAACGGAGAUGUCGUCCAGGGAUCGUACUCCGUCGUUGACCCCGAUGGUGUCAAGCGUACCGUUGAGUACACCGCCGACCCCGUCCACGGAUUCAACGCCGUCGUUCACCGUGAGCCGCUGGCUGUCAAGGCCGUCACCAAGGUCGUUGCCGCCGCCCCCGUUGUCAAGACCAUUGUCCAGCAGCCGACCUACGUCCAGCAGCCCACCUACUACGCUGCUGCCCCGGCCCUGACCAAGACCAUCGUGUCGCAGCCAGCCUACUACCACCACUAAGCCAAGCGAUUAGAACUGUCAUCCCUCAAAAGUUCCCUUUAUUGUUUCCUGUGUA